GAUAAAAUCCCAUAACAAUCUAACAAUUGCAAAACAUAUCAUAGUUUAAAUACUGAUAAAUUUAUGCUACGUCAUAAAUUUGAUAAAUAGAAAUUAUUUAUUAACUAAUACAUUUUCAGUAGACAACAAUAUUUAGUGAAAGAAACAACAUGGCAACCUCUCCAAGAGUACUUUCAAUUCAAAGCCAUGUCGUAUCAGGAUAUGUUGGUAAUAAGGCUGCAACUUUCCCAUUACAGGUUCUCGGUUUUGAAGUAGAUCCAUUAAAUUCUGUCCAGUUCUCGAAUCAUACAGGCUAUGGUUCGUGGAAGGGCCAAGUUUUAAAUGAAAAAGACCUUGAUGACUUAAGUGAAGGUCUAGAUAAAAAUAAAUUGAAUUUUUAUACACAUUUAUUAACGGGAUAUGUUGGAUCACCAUCUUUUUUACGAAGGAUUGCUGAAGAAGUUAAAAAAUUGAAAACGAUUAAUCCAAAUUUAAUAUAUGUUUGUGAUCCUGUAAUGGGCGAUAAUGGAGAAAUGUACGUGCCAAAAGAAUUACUGCCUAUUUAUCGUGAUGAAAUCAUCUCACUGGCUGACAUUUUAACACCAAACCAAUAUGAGGCGGAAUUAUUAACUGGAAUAAAAAUAAAAUCUAUAAACGACGCUUGGAAAGCCAUUGAUGAAUUUCAUGUAAAAGGCGUUAAAACUGUUGCAAUAUCAAGUACAAAUUUAGGAACUGAUGAAUAUUUCUUAGGAUUGUGUAGUUCAGUAAUUUAUGGAAAACCAACAAAAGUUACUAUUAAAAUAAAAAAAUUACCAGCUAAUUUUACAGGAACUGGCGAUGUAUUUGCAGCAUUAUUUUUAGCUUGGAUGUAUAAAACGGAAAAUAAUUUAAAAGUAACGUUAGAAAAUACGAUUGCAACUUUACAAGGUGUUUUGAGAAAUACUUUACAAAUGAAUACAGAUAAAACGAUAAAAAGUUUGGAAUUACGUUUAAUUUCAUCCAAAAAUGUUAUUGAAAAUCCCACAGUUGAAAUUUUGGGAGAAAUAGCAUAGAAAAAAGGUUACUAAUUCUUCUAACUUAAUUAAGGUGAAAAUAUCAAUACACUCUCUUUUUUUUAACAAAUGUCUUGUUUACUCACAGCCAUGAGUCAAAUAUUUUAACUAUAUUUAGCAAAGUUUAGAUAGAUGGGUUUGAUGGACAAUAAUAAUUUUAAAAAUAGACAGCGGUCAUGAGUGUGAUAAUUGAAUUAGCUGUUAACGAACAGAUAACAAACGUUUUUAUUGAUUUUAGUGUUAGUAUUUUUAUUUAAAAUAUCCACUUUUUUUACCCAAAUUCUAAAUAAUGCUAGCCAACGGCGUUUUUUUAGUAGGCUUAAUCCCAAAAUAUGAAUCAGGCUUUCCACAAAUACGGGUAAUUUUUUUAUGAAUUUGUGGGAUGCAUUGUUUAACUUAAAUGUCUAUAAUAAUUAAAGUAUGGGCCAGGUUAGAAAAAUUCUACAGUAGUGUCUCGAUAAUCUUCUAAAACCACUUCACAAACGAGACUGGACACACAGCAUUAAACACGAGUUAGUGUAUGCUAUUGCUUUAUUUUAGAAUCAUAUUAAAUGUAUAUAUAUAUACAAACAAUAUCAUUUUUGAGUGUUAAAGUUACUGGACGUUUCCGAUUAUCGAGACUCUACUGUAUUGAGAAUAUAAGCCAAAAUUAUAGUUUGACCAAAUAAAUGUGUUCGAUGUAUAAGAAAAAUGAUAAUGUAAUAAAAUUGUUAUCUAGUUAAAAAUUUAUGAAUUCGAAAAUGUUUAUAAAGAAAUAUAGAAAGGUAUUUUCGAAUUCGAAAGUUAUAUAGUCUUUAAAAAGUUAUACUGAAAGAUAUCGAAAAUUUACGUAAAUAUUGCUAUAAGUCGGAAACGACAAUUUUUAAUUUUAUUAAAUAAAAUAUAUUUCUUAAAAAUUAUAAUUUUUAUUUAUUUUUUGUGGUCCGCUAAACCUGAGACAAAUGAAUGGUCACCUUACCAUUAAAUAUUUAUACACAAGCAAAAAGGUCACAAUUUAAAAGUUUACGUAAAUUUCCAAUUUAAUCCAAUCAAUACGGGUUAAUUUCAAAAGAUUCAAAAAAUUUAACAUGUUAGAAUUCUUCAGUUAAACCGAGUACUAAUUCCAAAUUAUUACUUCGAAAACUUGUCUAAGAUAUUAUAAAAAAAAGAUGAAAAAAUAACACAGUUAAUUGUUUUAAA